AUCCUGCGCGUGGGCUGAAUGCACCGGAAUAUGGGCGUGAAUCAGACACGCGAGUUGCCGGUGUUUGAUCAAGAUGAAGACGUGAACUUUGAUCACUUCCAGAUUCUCAGGGCCAUUGGUAAAGGGAGUUUUGGUAAGGUGUGUAUUGUGCAGAAGCGUGACACAAGGAAGCUGUAUGCGAUGAAAUACAUGAACAAACACGCGUGUGUGGAGCGUGACGAGGUGAGGCACGUAUGCAGGGAGCUGCAGAUCCUGCAGGAGAUACAGCACCCAUUUCUUGUCAACCUGUGGUAUUCAUUCCAGGAUGAAGAGGACAUGUUUAUGGUCGUGGAUCUGUUACUGGGUGGAGAUCUGCGCUACCACUUGCAGCAGAAUGUCCAGUUUAAAGAGGAGACAGUAAAACUAUACAUCAGUGAGCUAGCAUUGGCACUCAGCUACCUACAGUCCUGCCACAUCAUCCACCGUGAUAUAAAACCAGAUAACAUUCUGCUGGACGAGCACGGUCAUGUCCACAUCACAGACUUUAACGUUGCCACAUUACUAAAAGACUCGGCAAGGGCUUCGUCUAUGGCAGGAACCAAACCGUACAUGGCCCCAGAGAUGUUCCAGUCAUUUGUGGAUGGUGGUCCUGGUUAUUCGUAUGCUGUGGACUGGUGGGCUUUGGGCAUCACAGCAUACGAGCUCUUACGAGGAUGGAGGCCGUAUGAUAUCCACUCCAGCACAGCCGUUGAGGACAUCAUGGGCAUGUUCCGCUGUGAACGUGUACGCUACUCAACCUCCUGGUCUAAUGGCAUGGUGAAUCUUCUGCGCUUGCUGCUCAGUAAAGACCCAGAUAUACGGCUGUCAUGUGUGUCAGACAUGCAGCGCGUUCCGUACCUGGCGGAUAUGAACUGGGAUGCUGUGCUGGAGAAAGGAGUUUCACCAGGAUUUACCCCCAACAGGGGACGUCUGAACUGUGACCCGGUAUUUGAGUUAGAAGAAAUGAUUCUGGAGUCGAAGCCGCUGCACAAAAAGAAAAAACGACUGGCCAAGGGCAAACGCACCAACAAAUCAUCCAGCACACUGCCACCCCACAUGCAGCAGCGUCUAGAAACUGUCAGAAAGGAGUUCAUCAUCUUCAACAGAGACAAGUUACAGAAGCAGAGUGACGGUGCAAAGAAAAGAUCGUCACUAAAAAGAGAGGAAAAACUGCAGGAAGGACACAGCAACAACGACACCCACACUGUCAAAGCUAAAACGAAAACACACAAAGACUUGGUGAAAACACUGAGUCCAGAUUCACACUGAACAACUCCCUGACCUCUUUCUACAACACCAUCCUUAAUACACACCCACAGAGCAGUACACAUGGCACAAAACCAGACCCUUUGCCUUAUUACAAUGACUGUAUAUGUCUGUUUUUAUUUAAAUGAAAAAAAAGGACUGAACCAUUGCUAUUUGGUAGCUUUAAACCGAAUAGCAUUAGCAACUAUUAGAAUUUAUUAGCAGUAGCACCAGUGCUAAGUCCUGCAUCAUUCCGUCUGAUUAUGCAGUUCAUGUUUCUGUUAUUGUGUAAAAGAUGUGUUUAUUGUAAAUUAUAAUAUGUAUGUAUAAUUGCAUUGGGGUU